AAAUGCGAUGGACGGCACCGAGGACAACCUCGCUAUCCGCCACCUCCGCGGCAAUCCCGACCUCGAGGUGAUGGAUGAUGUCCACGUCGAGGAGGGCGAGAGCGGCUACAUCAACCCCCUCUACGAUGCCUUCAUCGAUGUGAACGGGGACGUCGCCGACGAAGAGGCAGAUGCAGCGUCGCUGGAGCAGCAACCGAGGCAGCUGAGACGAGCGCAGACAAUGCAGACACUGCAUCAGCAGCAGCAACAAGUGUUGAUGUGUGGCCAGCAGAAGGCAUUGUAGAGGAGGAUGACGACAACUGCUGGUGGGAUGAGCUUGCAGAUGGGAGCGACGUCGAGAUGUGGCAGGCUGGUGAUGAGGAGCCUGAGGAGGACGACUAGAGCAGUGGCAGAGGCAUGAGUAUCUGGAGUAGUGUAAGGAUUUAAAGUGUAGUGGUUA